CCCUCCCUCCUUCUCUCCCUCCAAUUUCCCACUCCGCUCGUAUAAGAACCCUCAUCUACCCUUCUUUAUUUCCCGCAUUGUUAUUCCAUUUCUGUCUCACUCGACCCGUCUGUUUCUGCGAGCCGAGUGAUCUCCGUCCAGGUUCUUUGAGUGGAAGAUUCCAUGGCUACUGGACAGCUGUUUUCUCGUACUACACAGGCUUUAUUUUACAACUACAAGCAGCUUCCUAUUCAGCGGAUGCUUGAUUUUGACUUCCUUUGUGGGAGGGAAACACCAUCUGUUGCCGGUAUUAUUAAUCCUGGAGCUGAAGGAUUUCAGAAGCUCUUUUUUGGUCAAGAGGAGAUCGCCAUCCCUGUGCAUUCAACCAUUGAGGCGGCAAGUGCUGCACAUCCAACUGCUGAUGUUUUCAUUAACUUUGCAUCAUUCAGAAGUGCUGCUGCUUCUUCCAUGGCUGCUCUGAAGCAACCAACCAUCCGAGUUGUGGCGAUAAUUGCUGAAGGUGUUCCUGAGUCAGACACCAAGCAGUUGAUUGCAUAUGCACGUGCCAACAAUAAGGUUGUUAUUGGCCCAGCUACCGUUGGAGGGAUUCAAGCUGGAGCCUUUAAGAUAGGUGACACAGCUGGAACAAUUGACAACAUUAUUCAGUGCAAGCUCUACAGGCCUGGAUCUGUUGGCUUUGUGUCCAAAUCAGGUGGCAUGUCUAAUGAAAUGUACAACACAAUUGCUCGUGUUACAGAUGGAAUUUACGAAGGCAUUGCAAUUGGGGGAGAUGUUUUCCCAGGCUCAACUCUAUCUGAUCAUGUUUUGCGGUUUAACAACAUCCCACAGGUUAAGAUGAUGGUUGUUCUUGGAGAACUUGGUGGAAGAGAUGAGUAUUCUCUAGUUGAAGCCCUGAAACAGGGAAAAGUAACCAAACCAGUGGUUGCUUGGGUCAGUGGAACUUGUGCACGACUGUUCAAAUCAGAAGUACAAUUUGGUCAUGCAGGGGCUAAAAGUGGUGGUGAGAUGGAAUCUGCACAGGCAAAGAAUCAAGCAUUAAGGGAGGCUGGAGCUGUUGUUCCCACUUCUUAUGAAGCUUUUGAAGCUGUAAUUAAAGAAACAUUUGACCAAUUGGUUGAGGAGGGAAAGAUUACACCAAUAAAGGAAGUUACGCCCCCACAAAUACCUGAAGAUCUUAAUAGUGCCAUUAAGAGUGGAAAAGUUCGGGCUCCAACUCAUAUUAUUUCCACCAUUUCUGAUGACAGGGGUGAGGAGCCUUGCUAUGCUGGUGUGCCUAUGUCUUCCAUAGUUGAACAAGGUUAUGGCGUGGGUGACGUUAUUUCUCUGUUGUGGUUCAAACGUAGCCUUCCUCGGUAUUGUACUCAUUUUAUUGAGAUAUGCAUUAUGCUUUGUGCGGACCAUGGUCCCUGUGUCUCUGGUGCUCACAACACCAUAGUAACAGCAAGAGCUGGAAAGGACCUUGUUUCUAGCCUUGUGUCAGGUUUGCUUACAAUUGGUCCUCGAUUCGGUGGUGCCAUUGAUGACGCUGCUCGAUACUUCAAGGAUGCUUACGAUAGGAGCCUUACACCUUAUGAGUUUGUAGAAGGUAUGAAAAAGCAGGGCAUCCGUGUGCCAGGAAUUGGGCACAGGAUCAAGAGAGGAGAUAAUAGAGAUAAGAGGGUGGAGCUUCUCCAGCGCUUUGCACGCACACAUUUCCCGUCUGUGAAGUACAUGGAAUAUGCCGUGCAAGUUGAAACAUAUACUCUUUCAAAGGCCAAUAACCUGGUCCUCAAUGUAGAUGGUGCAAUCGGAUCUCUUUUCUUGGACCUUCUUGCUGGCAGUGGAAUGUUCACCAAGCAAGAGAUUGAUGAGAUAGUUGAGAUUGGAUAUCUGAAUGGACUCUUUGUCUUGGCACGAUCCAUUGGUUUGAUUGGGCACACCUUUGACCAGAAGAGAUUGAAGCAGCCUCUAUAUCGUCACCCAUGGGAGGAUGUUCUCUAUACCAAGUGAUAAAGAUUAUUGGCCACAGGUUCCAUGCCAAACCUUCUUCCCUAAAAGAUUUUUCCUUUCGGAAGUCGUUCCACCUGCGAGUUGCUGGCAUUAUUGAUUUGGUUUUUAGACUAGUGUUUGUCUUGUACCGCUAUCGACGGGCUGAAAGCCCCUUUAUUGGUAAUUUUAUAAGGAGAGAAUUCCAAUCAUUUAUAAAACAAAACGAUGUUU